AUGACUACGCACUUUGACCUGCGCCUGGAGGCUCCGCCGGGCGCGGAGACGCCCGCGGAUCUCCUCGCUUCGCCGUCGUUUACCUCGCUCCUUUCGCGCGCGUCCUUUCUGGGAUACAAGGUAGUCGCUGUGAACGCCACGCUUCAUCUGCCGCUUCCCUCGCGCGCGCCCGCGACGCCCUUCGUGCAUCCGCUGCGGGAACCCCUCCCCGUGCUUCAGUCCGCGCCUGUCCGCGUCGCUGCAGUCCCGCCUGCCUCUCCGCCUCGAGCCCCCGGCGCGCCUCGUCGCGCCUCUGAGUCUUGUGCUGCCGCUCCGCUUCCUCCCUCUGCUCCCCAGUCUUCUCUUGACACCCCCCUCGUCGCCUGGUUGCCUUCCUCGCUCUCGCCGUUCCACGCGCUCGCGCCAGACGCCCCGCCGCGCCGCCUGGGCGCCAACGAGCCAGCGGCGAGCGACCGGAGUCGCGCUGCCCCCGCGCCGCCUCUUGAGAGCUCCUCGAGGCCUUCGGGCGCGUCUCCGCCGCUCUCCGAUCCCGCCGCUCCCGCGUCUCCGCCGCUAGCAGGAGCCGGUCGGCUGCCUCCGCAUCUCCUUCCGGCGGCGGCCUUCGCGGCGAGCGUCGCCUCGGCUGCGUCCGCCUACGCGCCGAAGGCCGCUCCGCGCUCUCCGCACUCUCCGGACGCCCCGCCGCUCUCCUCGGCUCUGCUUGUCCCCCGUGUCUCCGAAGUCUCCGCCUCGCUCGCGACCGUGUGGGGUGACCUGCUGCCCUACGGCGCUGCGGCGGCUCGCGCGGCUCAGACGCGCGCCGCUGCGGAGCUGCGCGCGCUCGAUGCAGGUCACGGGAAGGCGUGUGGAGGGCAAAUCGGGAAAAAUUCUGAAAAAAAUCCUGAGGCCGGCGAGCGCGACGCACUCUCCCUAGCGGCGAGCGGCAGCCAGCCAAGAGGGCUCCACCAGUGCCUGGUCUCGCCGGCAGAUCCGAUUCGCUCGUGCGACCUCAUGCAGCUGCGCCGCGUGACUGUGGUGCUGCACACCGUGAGCUCUGCAGCAUCCUUGUCCACGCUGUUUCCGCCGAAUCCGCCAUUCUACGCGUCGGGGGAGGGCGCGGCGGCGCGGGGUCCGAGCUGCAUCGACAUCGUCGCGGUGCAGCCUACAGACGACGCGACGUGGCAGUUCGCCUGCAGCAGCUGCGAGUGCGACUUGAUAUCGAUCGACUUCUCGGGGGCGGCCGGGUCGCCGCCCGAGAAUGACGUGAAGAAAGGCAAGCAGUCGGCGCUGCUAGCCGCGGCGCUCCGCGAAGAAGACGCGGAGCUCGAGGUGGCGGGCGCAAGCGACGCCCGCGGCAGCCUCGUCCCUGACCUGCAGAGACUGCCGUUCACCAUCCGCCGGCGCCACGUGCAGCAGGCUCUUCGGCGCGGACUCUGCUUCGAGAUCUCCCUCGCGGCCUUUCUACCGCCCCGCGACACCUCCGCCGCGUCCGCCGCGUUCGCCUCGUCGCCGGCCUUCCUCGCCGUGCUAUCCAACGUGCAGAGACUUCUCCGCUUCGUCCCGCCCAGCCGGUUGCUGUUGUCGUCAGGCGCGCGGACUCCCGAGCAGCUUCACCCGCCGGCGCUCGCCGCCGCGCUCUUCGCGGGUCUGCGCAUCGGCGCAGACGGCGACGAAGCUGUCAAAGUUGCCUCAGUCUCCGCCGCCGCCGUCCUCGCGCGCGGCGCCGCCAAACAGGCCGCCGGCGGUGCGUGCGUCGGAGGAUGGAUUGGAGCCGGCAUGUAG